GUCAGCGCCCGUGUAAGAUGCAUAAGUUUGAUUGCUUCCGACUAAUCUUUAUUCAAAGCAAACGAAGUACAGACGUCAGAUAUAGGACAUAAUUUUUUGUUACAGGUAAUUGAUUUUGUGACACAGCAGGGCACUUGCACAAUCAUGAAGAGCGAUGUGAUACUGCAGAUGUGCAUCUCUGGAUUGCUGGCCUAUCUCUGUCUUACUCAAAAGUCAGACGCAGCUAAAGCAAGUGCUGGAAGGAAUGGCAAGAUGAAACCUGGUGCCUGUCAGACAUGCUCACAGUUUGUGACCUCAUUUAGAAAGGGCAUGGAAAGAACAGCCAGGUACAACUUUGGAGGUGGAGAUGUUCACUGGGAGGAGUUAAAGUUGGGGAGCUACAAGAACAGCGAACUGCGCCUGGUGGAAAUUUUAGAAACCAUAUGUGAGGAGCUGGACAAAACAGAGGAAUCACUGUGUCAUCAUUUUGCUGAAGACCGUGAGUCAGUGAUAGAGACAUGGUGGUUUAAGAACCAGGACUCGAGUCCCGACUUCCACAAAUGGCUGUGCAUAGACAAAUUGGAAGUGUGCUGUGCAGAAGGAACAUUCGGUGCUGAAUGCAAGGCUUGUGCACAGUGCAAGGGGGCGGCAAAAUGUAAUCCUGCCAUAUAUCCUGCAAAGAAAGUUGCUGGGACGAAACACCAAAAGGCUGUAACGAAUGCAAAACAGGCUGGACAUUUUCAGAGGAAGAAGGGUGUGAGGACGUGGAUGAAUGUAAGGGAUCGUCAGGAUGCUCCGCGAAGCAAUACUGUGACAACACACCCGGAUCCUAUAAGUGCUUAGCCUGCCACAGUGCAUGUGAGAAGUGCUUUGCAGGAGGCCACACAGGAUGUAUUUCCUGCAAAUCAGGGUUUGAGAUGCACGAGGGCAGGUGUGAAGAUGUGGACGAGUGUAAAGCAGACGUAGGAGUAUGUGAGCUUGCGCACGAGGAAUGCUUCAACACGGUUGGACACUACAGCUGUAAGUGCCAGGCUGGCUUCACUCGGAAAGGACGCGAGUGCAUGCCCCGAAAAUCAGUCGUAGAAAAUAAAGACGAGCAGCAGGAAGUCUUGCAAACAUCAGAAAAGCCUGUCCAUAACAAAAACAAGCGUAGGCAUAGCGUCAAAAGUGGGGUCGAUGAUGAUGAUGAUGAUGAUGACGAUGACGAUGACGAUGACGAAUCUGAUGAUGAUGAAAAUGAUGAUGACAACGAAUCUGUGAAGAUGGAGAAACAAUGGAAACGUGCAGAAUUGUGAUAUCAUUACUAAUGCUGCCAGGGUCUAUGUCUCCCUGGGUACUGCCGGAACGUACCCUGGUACUAUCUAAUAUGCCGGACCGUACC